CUUACAUCCGCUCUUAGAAUCCAUCACCAGAUCUCGCUCUUCACGAGAGGAGCUGCUCAUCUGUAGGAAUUGCCAGUAUUAUAUAAGUGUGAACGCCUUCCAGCAUCUUGAUAUGAAUUUUAUAUACACCAUCAACCAAUAGAACAUUACAACAUACAACAUACAACCAUCAAUAAUAUAUAAUUCCGCGACUAUCAACCUACUCUUAAUUAUACACUACCUCACUUAAUAUAUAUAUACAACCACAUUGAUCAAUAUGCGCGGCUUCAUCUCAUCCAUCACCGCUCUUCUACCUCUGGCAGCUGCGGCGCCAGUAGAGAUUCUCAACCGCGACAGCAAUCCGGGCUGCCAAGACGCAUCGUUUGGCGCCUUCGAGUGGACGAUUGAAGGUUUCGACUACCAUGCUUCUUACAUCUUCACAACACCCGCCCAUCAAAACUCGUGGGGUUAUGUCGACUUCAACCUGACCAACCCGGCGCUCGAGUACAAGGCCAUCUGCAGCGCCAGGAGCAACCAGCUCUCCGACUUCUUCUACGGCACAUUUCCGUACACCUGCACCGUUCCGGACGGAAGCACGACAGAGACUACUUUCGACUUCAGCCGCCCUAGCGGCAAGUUGAACGUCAACCAGACCUGGGUGUGCAGCGACACCGACCCACAAUACCCUACUACCAUUCAUGCUUAUGGUACCGUCAAUCUGACUCUCGCCUGCACCGACGAGACGUGGAUCAACCCCAACUGGACAAUGGGCCAGAUCUACUCGGACCGCACGGUCACAUGCGAGCCGGUCACGCUGCCGCUUAAGCCCUACGAGAUGACUGCUGUCGCGUAAGGCGUUAGCUUAUUACGAGUUUCUGGGGAUAUAAUUUCGUCACGCAUUAUGAGGGACAAGGAACUGGUUGGUUUAGGAAAAUGGGUUCGGUACCAUCAUGACGUUAUGAUAUGGGCUUAUCAUAGACACACAUAGGCAUCACGCCAUCGACAUAGAACUAUUAAUUAUAAUAAUUACGAGAAAAUUGGAUGAAAAAAGCUUGAAG